UAACAUGUUAUUCCGUCGUCAAAGUUGCUUGAGAGUAUUCACUUCGCUUCGUUUACAAUUGUGUUCAAGCUGGUUUAGCAGCUAGGGGUUUAGCUAACUCGGCUGUAGAGAACAAUGUCGCCAUAAAGAUGGACUCCUCUAUCUAUCAUUGACACCUAUGGAUGUCAGAAUGGACCCAGUGGAGAAUAGCAGCAUUAAUGCUGAUAAUAAUUCAGACGGUCAGCAGAGCCAAUCAGGACAGGAAGAGUCAAGCGGAAGGCCGUCCCUGUCUCAGAUGAAAAAGUCCUGGGGCUUUAGGAGGACAACCAUUGCCAAAAGAGAGUUCUUAGAUGAAGUUGGAGACCUAAACCACAGUCCUCCACCUGCCCGCAAAAGCAGGAGUCGCAAAACCAACCAGACAGCUAAGGCACAAUCUGAAACCCGCACCACCCAGAAAGCUUCUCGCCCUACAAAGAAUGUUUUAGAUGGACUUGAGUGGUCUGCACCAUCCUCACCUGUGUCAGAGGAAAGUAAACCUGCCUCAGAAACAUGCACACCUGGAAGCUUUGACCCAAGCUUAUGGCAAGAUAUUGGGUCUGCCUUUGACACUGCUUUCUCCCUGCUUGGUGGGGGUGAUGACUUGGAUCUGGCAGACGCAAUGGCAAUACCUAAAAGUUUGGAAGCCACUGAUAUCAUUGAGCCCUCUCCUCCACAGGACACAGAAGAAACAGAGAUGGCUGAUGAAGUGGACUCUUAUGAGAUGGAGAUUUCACAGCCUGUUGCUCCUGAUGAUGUGUCAGGAAGGGAAAUGGAUGAUGUUGUGUUGAUCUCUAGUCAAGAAGAGGACAGUGAUGAAAUGACCCUGAUACAGAUUAAAGAGCAGAUGGCAGCUAAAGGCAGGCAAGGGAACACAGGAGGUAGAGGGGGUAAAGGUGGGAGAGGAAAAGCCAGAGGGAGGGGUAGAGGCAGAGGAAAGGGCAGAGGGAGAGGAAAAGGUAGAGGGAGAGGCAGGGGAGUGGAGCUUCUGUCUAACAUUGCAGACCAUGAGGAUGACGAUGUAGUACUUGUUAAUCCAGCUGAACAGCAGCUUCAAGAGGAGGACAAAACAAAUGGUUCACACAGCCCCUCUGAGAUAGAGAUAUCACCUGCUCAUUCUGACAUCAGUCUGAGUCCUGCUCAGCAAUCAGGCUCAGACUGCAUACUCAUAGACACUGAUUUAGACCACAUUACUGAUGUAACUCCGAACCAGUUUGAUGAUGCACCAGAGGAGGAGAAAAAGACAGAUGAUCAAAAUGUAGGAGAGUUUUCAAGCAUACCAGUCUCUGAUGGUCACAACUCAGAAACUCUGUGCUGCAUCUGUCGACAGAAACAUGACACAAGGUUCAUGAUCUCCUGCCACGGUUGUCUGGGCUGGUUCCAUGGUGACUGUGUCGGUAUCAGUGACAUACAAGGCCAUGAGAUGGUAAAGGAAGGGCAGGAGUACAUCUGUCCCAGCUGCACCACACAGAGGCAGAGCCAACUCCAGCCUGAACCCCAACUCCAGCCUGAGCUACAGCUUCAACCUGAACCUCAGCACCAGCCUCUGCCUGAGCCUGAAAUUAACUUCCUUGAAUUCUUGAGACCUCCUGACAAAGAAGGGAAGGGGGAGGAGGAGCCGCCACUGGAACAAAAGGAGACUGUUGUGGUGGAGGAGAAAGUGGAGGUGACUCCUCUGGUGAAGACAGAGCCUGAAGCAGAGGUUGAGAUGGAGACAGGCAGCUCUCGUCCUCCGUGUAUCGGACCUGGUUGCUCCAAACCAGCUCUACAGGACUCUGUUUACUGUGGCACAGACUGCAUCCUCCAGCACGCUGCUUUCACUAUGAAAACUCUCACCGGCCCUAAAGAGUCUAAAGCUAAAGGGCGGGGACGGGGAAGAGCUGCUGCCAAACCUGCGAUCAAGGGUCAAAGGCCUGGUAGGAUGUCAAAGAGAUUAGCAGAAAAGGCUAAGGAGGAAAAUGAAGAAGAGGAGCAGGUAAAAGAAGAUAAUGGAGGGCAGAAGGAGGCUGCAUCUCCCUCAGCCUGCGACCCCUCAGAAGUUCAGACCUCCUCCAUACCAUCGUCUAAGUUUUACACAGCGUCUAAAGCAGAAGGCAAUCAAGAAGAGGCCAACAGUGAAGCUAAAAUUCUACCGUCUCAACCCCCAGAGGAAAACUGUACUGAUGCUGCUCCCUCCUCUGAACCUACCAUUGAGCAAGCUCCACCACAGAGCCAGACUCAAGAAAGAGCAAAGGAGGAGCCAGUCACCAGUGAGGUCUCUAAGCAGAAAUCUGUCCAACCAGUUCCCUGUAUGCCAACCAUCCCUGCAAAACAUAAACUACUCACAACAAUGCAAUCUCCAUUAACAUCAGCGCCAAGACAUCAUAAAACAGGGGCCCUUAUAGUCAGUAAUACCACAUAUGUCAUACCAAAGAAGCAGUCUGGACCCCAGCCUCAGUCUAGUCAAGUGCCAGCCUCAGCUCAGAAGACUUCACCCGCCCCCUCACUGUUGAACGAAACCAGAAAUCUGCCAGUACCACCUGCACCAAGUGCCCCUUCCUCCAGACCUUCGCAACCCAACAACCAGGUCAGACAGAGCAUCCAGCGCUCCCUCACCAGCAUCCUGUCCAAAAGGGUGAGUGACUUUGAGGACUUGGAGUUGUCUGAAAGUGAAGUUGCAAAGCUUGUAGCAAACAUUGAGAUGGAGAUGUUUGACAUAUUUCGCAACACAGACAGCAAAUACAUGAACAAGUACAGAACCAUAAUGUUCAACCUUAAAGACCCAAAAAACAAGGGCUUGCUGUUUCAUGUUGUAAAUGGUGAGAUCAACCCUUUCCGACUGGUCAGGAUGAGCCAGAAGGAUAUGCAGGCUGUCAAAGCAUCGGAGCCAAGUCCAAAAGCAACAACAGAGGUGAGAGAUGCAGCCACUAAAGCGCCAGGUUUGCUGCAGAAGCCUGAGGCAGUGAAGGUUGAUUUGCCUAGUUUGAAUCCUACUAGGUCAUUUAAAAGCGUGGCUGCCAUCCAGGAACCGAAGAAAAGUCUUCCUCCUGCUCCUCUGAAGACCAGAGCAAGCCAACAGAGCCAGGGCAGCCCCGCACCAAAUAUUCUUGACUGUAUGCUUAAGGACACAACAUCAGAGCACAAAGCUCACCUCUUUGACUUGAAAUGCAAGAUAUGUACUGGUCAAAUGAUUGCUGGGGAAGAUGGAGAACCUGCAAAGAAAAAACCCAAGGUUCCUGAAACAAGGGAUAGAUAUGAACCCCCUUGGAGACAGUCUACAGGAGGCGACUCCCCUCUCUUGGCCCCACCUGAUUCACCAGACAUGGAUUCUCCAACAUCAUCUCGUCUUAUCAUCGACGCUCCACCACUGACUAUAGUAGAAUCCCCAGCCUCCCCAGUAAUGGAUUCCCCAGCAUCCCCAACUUUAGAGUCUCCAGCCUCUCCUAUAAUGGACUCCCCUGCAUCCCCAACUCCAGAAACUUCUACUGCUACUAUACCAAAGAGAGCAUAUACACCAGUUGUUAUUCCAGCUGUUUCCACAGUCACUAUCACGAGGCGUGACCCCCGUACUGCAGCUGGCAGGUUUUCUGCUUUGUCCAGUGGCCCCUCUCUUCCCAGUAACCCGACCCAAAACCAAACGGCUCCUUAUGCGCCUUUUAAAGAUGUUAGAUCUACCUUGCCCCCAGCACCAACUGCUCCAGUACCACUGAAGAAGCCAUUACCUAAAUCAAUCUUGAUGAAACCAUCUUCUUCUGCAGAUCCCAGACUCUAUGCCACAUCUUCAAGGGUGCAGACAUCUGAACCUCCAGCUGAUGGUGAGACUGCUCAGUUCUUGGCUAAGGAAGACAUAGUGUGGAAAGGAUUCCUAAACAUGCUGACGAUAGCAAAGUUUGUCACCAAGGCCUAUCUGGUUUCAGGACCUGCUGAAAAUCUUAAAGCGGAUCUACCUGAUACCAUUCAAAUUGGUGGACGAAUCCUGCCUGAAACUGUGUGGGACUAUGUUGCAAAACUGAAGACCUCUGUUUCCAAGGAAUUAUGUGUGAUCCGGUUUCACCCUGCAACAGAGGAGGAGGAAGUGGCAUAUGUCUCCCUGUUUUCCUAUUUCAGUAGCAGAGGGCGUUUUGGUGUGGUUUCCAAUAUCAGUCGUUCAAUCAAAGAUGUAUACCUUGUUCCACUCAGUGCAAAGGAGUCAAUUCCAUCCAUACUACUACCUUUUGAAGGACCAGGACUUGAAAAAAACCGACCUAAUCUCCUUCUGGGUCUGGCAAUCAUUCAGAAGACAAAACGGACUGGAAGCUUGCCUCAGGAAGUUGAGGAGAAGCGACCUAAAGUUCAUAUGUCCAGAGACCCUAUGUGGAUCCCAAAACCUCCAGUCCUCUAUGGUUCUGACAAAUUAGAGAUAUUCCAGCCUUACGAUCCAGAGAUUCCUAUAAACAUCACCCCUCCAAGUUCCCCACCUUGUCCUGGGUCUCCAUCAGGAUCCUCCUCGUCUGGUUCAGUUGUCAUACCGUCUCUUUUGACAACCAUUACCGCAAAGCCUCCUGUUUCCACACCAGCCUUUGCUGCUGCCCCUCAACCCUCUAAUACCCCCUCUGGCAAGGAUCCUUCAACAGUUUCCAAUGAUGCAACACCUCUUCAGACUAUCUUGAAGACCUUGUUCUGCAAUAAGAAAACUGACUCCAUAGACUCAUCUGAUGGAGGUUCUUCAAUGACAGCAGCUGGUGUUAAGACGGCUCCAGCAUUGUCCCAGGUGUCUGGAUCAUUAGUGGACCCGAUUGUUCAACAGUAUGGACAGAAAUCCAAAGUCAAAGAAAUAGAAGAGGAGGAAGAUGACUUUGACCGGCCUUAUGACCCAGAAGAGGAGUAUGAACCAGCGAUGGGAUACCGGAUGGUAACUGCAGAGAGUGUAGAAAAAAAUAAGGCAGCUGGUCCUGCAGUAUCGAACUUUGUAGAUGAUGAUGUGGCGUACGAUCCAGAGGAUGAGACUAUCUUUGCUGAUUUUCAUAGUGAUACUGUAACAGAUUCACCUGUUCAAACUCCCCCUGUUUCAGCUCAAACAUCAGAAGUCUCAUCAUUACCAAUCUCCACUCAGCCUGAAAUUCCAACUUCUACUCCAACUCCAGCACAAACUUCCACCCUCCCUAGUACUAGCGUCACAGAGCAUCUUCCGACUGGCACUGUGGUUGUCUCAGCUGCAACACUAACUGAACAACAGCGGAUGUUGGAGGAGCUUAAUAAACAAAUUGAAGAACAGAAACGUCAGCUGAAGGAGCAGGAAGAAGCAUUACGCCAACAGAGAGAGGCUGUGGGCAUGUUCAUGGCUCACUUCUCUGUUUCUGAUUCCCUCAUGUCUCCCCCAACAAAGGCUGUGCCUCUAGCCCAGCUGUCAUCUCUGCAGAGCAGUAUAAUGCAAACAGAGUCAAAACCUCCCGAAUUAACAAACAAGAGUAGUAACCUUCCUGAGGCUGCUGACAGCUCAAUUUUGGACUCACAAUCUGUUAAUGCAGAAGACACAACUGCCACCCCAAAUUUAAAAAAUGAAAAAGAGGCUGUCACUGACCAAGCUGAAACACAGGAAAAUGUUAAGGAAAGCGACAAGUGUUCCUCUGCAGGAGAGGUUGAAGAUUCUGAUGUAGCUUAUGAUCCUGAGGAUGAAUCACUUUUCAAUGAAAUUCAAGAGGAUGUUUUUCAAGUUGGGACUCGUGAGUCACCUGUGUCUAAAUCAGGGCAUAGCGCCAGUCGCAAAGGCAGUCCAAUAGAUUCUUACCACAGCAGAAAGAGGAGGCCAUCACCAAAGAGACACAGUAACCGUGAGAGAGACAGACGACGAAGUCCUUCAAGAAGGUCACAGAGGCGUUCCCCUUCACAUUCCCGUAGGCACAGGGAAAGAGAUAGACACAGAAGAAGUGAAAGGGAGAGGUCUGGGCAUAGAGCUAGAGACCACUCUGAACGCCAGGGUCGCCAUCAUAGAGAGCGGACAGUGUCUCGACAUUCUCGUGGACACAAGAGAUCCCCAUCCUCACAUAGAAAAAAAGAUUCUGUGUCUCCUUUACCAAAACGCCGCAGAGGAUAUUCAGCUGAAGUUCUUGAGAAGUCAGAUCUUUCAAGUGAAAAAUGUAAUGAUCCAGACUCUUCUGAAGGUGUGAUGGGACAGUUAUGUUUGCCGAUUACUAUUAAGAAAGAAUCUGAUGAGAAUAAAUUAAAAGGUAAUUCUGUUGAGAGCCCUGAUGAAGACCAAAAAGUUCUUCACAAUGUGAAGCUUGAAACUGCAGAACCAUCAAAAUCCCAGGAUACCUCGAAAAAAUUGGGCAUUGCUCAUGAUGACAAAGAUGGUUCUUCUACAGUAAAUAAACCCCCUUUGCAUGAAACACUACUUAACAAAAUUGACAGUACAAUACCACUGAGAGAGAUUGAUCCACCUAUUCGAGAUUCCCCUGAAAGCCCAGAUCCAGACCCACAGUUUGUAAAGCCAAGCAGUAAAGAACAAACAGAAUCUGUUUUAACUGAGAGCCUCAAAGAUCCAUUCAUGAAUGCAAGCAUCUUAGUGCCAGUGGUUAAAGUUGAAGAUAGUAGUCUGUCUAUUUGUGGUCAAGAAACACUGUCCAGUGUUCUGAGGCCUACUCCAUUGUCAGAUGCUAAAAAUAUGGACUUCACAACUCAAAAGAUUCCGUUUCAAGGUUUUAAAGAUGAAAUGAAAAAGGCCUGCAAGCAAAUUAAGGAAGAAAGUCAGGGUUUAGAUGAUAUAAUAACACUUGGUCAAGUGGCAGGACAUUCAGUUUUAGCCACAUGCGCAGAUAUUCAGAGCUCAGAAUCUGCCAUAGACCCUUUGACAAAGUGUACAGGAUUUGAUGUUAGUAACCAAGUUAUAAGGAGUCCAGGUCCAGAACUGAAAGAUUCUGGAACUAGGGAACCUGAUUUGGUGCACAGUGAACCUGAAAUGAGAAGACAAAUGCCUGUAACAAAUUCAGGUAUGGUAAGAUCAGGCCAACAGAGUAGGAGAGAUCCAGUAACAAGAGGUCCAAGUCCAUCUUUAAAGUGCUCAGGAAGAGAAACUGGAAAUCCACAGGGUCAGUGGCUUGAGGGAGGCAAGGAACACAGUCUAGAAAACAGAGAACACAUGGCAAAUAUUAUGAAUUCAGAUUGGAGGGGUCCAGGGACUGAUAUAAAGGGUCAGAUAAGUCAAAAUGAGGGCCAGAGUCCACUAGUGAGGGAUCAAGACUGGAAUGAUCCUGUAAAAGGCAGGAGAGAUGAAUGGAGAGGACCAGAAAGGAAGGGAUCAGGUCCAGUCAGUGGAGGGCAAUUUAUGCAAGAUGAACACAGAGAACGCCCCGAUUGGAGAUGUCCAAAUAUGGAGAGCCAAGGGACUGACAGAAUAACUUCAGUGGAUGAAAAUGUAAGCCAACCAGUGCCUGAAAGGAAUCCAAACAUGGGGGACCUCCGGUAUGAUGAGAAAGAACAAGAAGGACUAGAUUUCAGGAGACUAGAGCCUGAAAGGAAAGCUACAACUAAUGACAAAGUAGCACCUAACAUGAGAAGAUCAGGGGCUCAGGAAUUUUUGGGAACAGGUUUAGAAAGCAGUUUUCCAGUUAUUGAGGAUCCUGGGUUUAACAGGGAAGGGACAGAACAUAGGAGACCUUGGUCAGAAAAAAUAUAUCUAGAUAUGGAUAGUCAUGAGCCUAACAGUAGAGCAAGGGACCGAGGUAUGAGGGGACAAGGUCCUGAAAGCAGAGGUCACACAUGGGCUGACAGACAAGGGCCUGGACAUCCAGAUUUCAGUGAGAUGGGGCCUGAAAGGAAAGAUCUAUUUAUAGAAAGUCAUGGGACAUCCAGGAGAGGGCCUGGAGGCCAAGAUUUCAGAGGGCAAGGACAUAAAAGAAGCAGUCCUGCUGUAGAGGGUCCUAGAUCUGACAGGAGAGGACCUGGAGAUUCAGAUUUCAGAGGACCAGAAUCUCAAAGGAGGGGCCACCCUAUGGAGGGUCCUGGAUAUGACAGGAGAGGGCCUGGAAAUCAUGAUUUUAGAGGACUAGGUCCUGAAAGAAGAGAUCCUUCUUUGGAGGUUCCUGUACCUGACAGGAGAGGGCCUGGAGAUCCAGACGUCAGAGGUUCAAGUCCUCAAAGGAGAGGUCCCCCUGUGGAGGGACCUGGACAUAACUGGAGAAGGUCUGGAGAUCCGGAUUUCAGAGGACUAGGUCCUCAAAGAAGAGGUCCAUCUCUGGAGGGUCUUGGACCUGACAGGGGAGGACCAAAAGGUCCAGAUUUCAAAGGACCAGGUCCUGAAAGGGGAGGCCCCCCUAUGGAAGGACCUAGACCUCACAAAAGAGGACCUGGGGGGCCAGAAUCCAGAGAAUUUGUGCCUGAAAGGAGUGAUCUUUCUUCGGAGGGUCAUGGACAUGACAGGGGACGACCUGGAUGUCCAGAUUUAAAAGGACCAUGGCCUGAGAGGAGAGAUCCCUCUAUGGAGGGGACUAGGCCUGAUCGAGGAAGCAUAGAUUUUAGAGGACAGUGGUCUGAGAGGAGUGGACUCUCAAUUGAGGGCCAUGGACAUGACAUGAGUAACCCUGAAGGCCAAGAUUUCAGAUUACCAGUUCCUAAAAGAAGAGCCCCCCCAGUGGGGCCCCAUGGGCAUGACACAAGAGAAUUGUGCAGUCCAGACUUCAGACAACCAGGUCCUGUAAGAAGAGGUCCACCUUUAGAAGGUCUUGGGCCCAACAGGGGGGGGCCAGAAGGUCCAGAUUUCAGAGGACCAGGACCUGAAAGAAGAGGUCCCUCCAUGGAGGGUCCUGGGUCUGAUAGGGUAGGACCUGAAGGUCAGGAUUUUAGAGGACCGUGGUCUGAAAGAAGAGGUCCAUCUAUUGACGGACCCAGGCAUGAAAUGAGAGGACCUGGAGAUUCAGAUUUCAGUAGACCAGGGGCUGAAAGAAAAAGUUCUUCUAUUGAGGGUCCUGGACAUGACAGGCGAAUGAUUAGAGAUCCAGAUUUCAGAGGUCCAGGUCCUCAAAGGAGAGGUCACCCUAUGGGGGGUCCUGAGCAUGAUAGGGGGGGACCUGGUGGUCAGGAUUUCAAAGGUCCAGGUCCUGAAAGGAGAUGUCCCCCAUUGGAACAUCCUGCGCACAUCAUGAGGCAACCUGGAGGUCCUGAAUUCAAAGGACCAGGGCCUGAAAGGAGACGCCCCCCCAUGCAAGGACCAGGGCAAGAUUUCAGAAGGCCAGGACCUGAAAGAGGUCCUAUUAUCAAGGAUCCAUGGACUGAUAGAGAAACCCAUGGUCAAGAUUUCAGAAGACAACAGCCUGAAUGGAGGAGUCCAGCUACAGAACUUGGACAUACAGAUUUCAGCGGUUCAGAGCCUGAACGACCUGAUACAGAGUUUCAAGGAUCUAGGGGUCCAGACCAUGAAAGCCCUCACACUAUGGAUAGUCAAGAGCAGUGCAAGAGAGGGCCAGGAGGGCCCCCUUUCCAGGGAAAGGGGCCUGGCAGAAGAAGACCAGAGGGUCCAGACUUAAGAGGCCCUGGGAAUGAGAGAAGCAGUUUCUUUAUGCAAGGUCCAGGCCCAGACAGGGAAAGACCAUAUACAGGGGAGUCUGGGCCUGAUUUUAUAGAAUGUGGGCCUGACAGCACUGACCCAGGAGUGGGAUGUCCAGGGCCAUACAGUAGAGAAAAGAGGGGUCCACACCCAGGAGAGUGCUUGGAGUCUAAUAGGUGGGGUCCAGAUAUCAGAGGACCAAGGUUGGAAAGACCUGGUUCUGGAAUUGAAGAAGAUCCAAACAUUAGGGGAUUAGAUCAGCAUUUUGGCCCAAACAGUGAUGGUACAGGGCAAUACAGAAGAGGUCCUAAUAGACCUGGACCAGAGGGAAGAUAUUUCAAUAAAGAGGGCCCACAAUCUGGUAGAGGAGGUCAACAUUUCAGAGGCAGGAGGCCUGAAAGCACUGUUGUUGACGGUCCGGGGCCAGGAAAGAGAGACAUAAGGUCAGACUUCAGAGAACCUGGACCUGAGGGUAGAUGCCUAGAGGGAGGACAAGAUUCUAGGAGAUUAGAUGGUCCUGACUUUAGAAACCCAGACCAUAGAGAAGACAGGGGGCAGUCUGACUUUAGUGGAUCAGAAUAUAUUCAAGAAGACCGAGGACCGAGAAGGGGCCAAAACUUGAGGGGAAGAGGCCCUAUGAGGAGAGGUAUGAGAGGUUCUAGAGCCAAUCAGAUCAAUCAGGGAGAUAGAUGGAAAGGGUCAGAUUUCAAAGGCUUCACACCUGAUUGGAGAAGCACAGACGCUCAGCAACAAUGGUCAGAUGAAAGAGGGCUGGAUAUGAUGGCUUCAGAGAAUGAGGGAGACAUCUCUGGAGAUGACUGGAAAAGACAUAGUGACAGUGAUAGGGGUCCAGACCAUAUACAAGAAGGUCCAAAUGAGCAGGUACAUGAAUUCAUUAGGCAAGGUCCUGAUCCUGACUGGAGAGGUCGUGGAAGGAGGGGGCGAAGGCCUGUGCAAGAAAGACCAAACAUGCCAUUUUCAGGCCAUUACAAUAGACCAGGAGAUGAAAGGAGUGUUCCUGAUAACAGGGGCCAUGGCCCUGCCCAGGAUGACCCUAUAUGCCCAGGCCCUGGAAGGGCAAGACCUAGAGGGUCACGUAGAGGGGGUCCUGGCCCUUAUUACAGAGGGGGAAGACAUCCAGAUGGCAGAGGACGAGGUCAUGAUAGAAGACCUCCUGACAUGAGAGGACCAAGAUCAGAUUUGAGAGAGGAUUCAGACAUGGGGAAUGGGGAAGGACCUGAGGCUCAUAGGGGAGGUCCAGACCUUAUUAACGCCUGCCCUAAUAGAGGAUUAGAGUUUGAAAGUAUUGAUAGAAGAGGUACAGGAGGUCCAGAUUUAACACACCCAGGGCCUGAUUAUAGAAAUUCAAACAACAAAGGUCCAGCAGGAAAUGGAAGGUUUCCUAGUGGUCAGGGGCGGGGGCUUGAAAGACAAAGCAUGGGCAUAGAAGGCUCUGAAACUGGUAGACGAGGACUUGAAAGUGAUUUUAAGAGGGAUAGGAGGGAUCAAAGUAAUAGAAGACAAGGCCUUGAAAAAACAGAUAUGAGGGGGCCAGCACCAGAAAGUUCUAAUAUAAGACAUGGACCUGGAAGGUGGAAUACAAACACUGAGGACCCAGGUUUAGAUCCUAGUGGAUUUGAGACAGCUCCAUCUCAUUUCAACAGCCCUGAUCAGGUUCCUCGAUUCCAAGGCCCUAGAGAUCCACAUUCUGCACCACACAACAGGCCCCUUGGUGUAUUUCAAAACAGAAGGAGAAACACCAGAAGCCCUGGUUUUGAAAACCAACCAAAUCAACAAGUAGCAAAUCCCCAGAGACACAAAGGGGCCCUGCUUCCCACUCCAGCAGGUCGAACGCACUUCUCAGAUCAUAUGUUGAACAAGCCUGACAGAGAGGGGAGUAGAGAAAGGAAAGCAAGUUCUGUUGAUGAAAAAAACACACCUGUAGAUGGAGAGAAAGAAGGCGAAUGAGUAUAAAAGUAAAGACAACUCUGAAACACACCAAUAGGAGAUUAUUGUGUAGAGAGCUUAUUUUGUAAAAAUAUGGACAAUGACAAGAAAAUAAAAUCUAUGUUGAGCCAAUGUAAGACUUAAGGGCCACAAGGUCACAAAUGCUGCUGGUGUACUUCUUUUCAUUUCACACCAUAUCACACUGAAUGUAAUGGUCAUAUAGAGUUGGUCAUGUUUCAAAUAAAGGACAAUGUGAACGAUCCAACAUUGAUGCCUAAUAUGGAAAUGCUGAGAGAUCAUUAGUUUAUAAUAGUUUGAUUUGUCUUGUUUCAUUUGAGGUAGUUUUUUGAUUAUGAGUAUACGCCUUUUAUUUUAUAUUUUAAUUUUAACUAUUUGAUAUGUGUUUUUAGACUGAAAUAGUCUGAAAUGUUUUGUACAGAGAUGUAUACUUUUGGUUUCUUUGUUUUAACAUAGCCAUAGUGUCAGUACUGUACCCUUUUUUGUUCCUCUGAUUAAUAUGGCUGUUUUUUUGUUUGUUCAAUGUAAUAUGAGAAUAAAGAGAAACCCACCUUUUUAAA